UGAGUAGCUUUAAGUGAUUACGGUUUGCUGUACUUUGACCUCACUGCUGAGUUCUGAGGGAACUUAGGCAAGGCCUGAAGUUGCAACAUGUUCAGGGUAUGCUCACUGCCCACAAAGGCAGUGACAUAUGAUGAUGUGCAUGUGACCUUUACUCGGGAAGAAUGGGCUUUGCUAGAUCCUUCCCAGAAGAGUCUCUACAAAGAUGUGAUGCUGGAGACCUACAGGAACCUCACUGCUAUAGGCUAUUACUGGGAAGACGACAGUAUUGAAGAAGAUUGUCAAAAUUCUAGAAGACAUGGAAGGCAUCUUCAGUGGAAUGAAGGAAUUCACACGGGAGAGAAAACCUAUGAAGGUGUGCAAUACAAAGAAGGGUUUGCAAGUGUCAGUGAUCUUCAUACAAUUAAAAGAACACUUACUGGAGACUUUGUAUACUAUAGUACUGUUCAGGUAAACAGAAAAGCACAAACAGGAGAGAAACCUGAUGGAUUUAACCAAUGUGAUAAUACCUUUGUAUGCAACAACCAUCUGAGAUUCCAUAAAAAACAUAAUACUGGAGAGAAACACUACACAUGUGACCAAUGUUGUAAAGCUUUUGCACAGAUCAGUAGUCUUCAAAGGCAUAAAAAAACACAUACUGGAGAGAAACCCUAUGCAUGUAACCAAUGUGGCAAAGCCCUUGCACAAUGUGGCCAUCUUCAAAACCAUACAAAACCUCAUACUGGAGAAAAGCCCUAUGAAUGUAACCAAUGUGGUAAAGUCUUUUCAUGGCAAAACUCUCUGCAAAACCAUAAAAAAACACAUACUGAAGAGAAGCCCUACGAAUGUAACCAAUGCAGCAAAGCCUUUUCUCAAUACGGCCAUCUUCAAAGACAUAAAAGAACACAUACUGGAGGAAAGUCCCAUGAAUGUAACCAAUGUGGUAAAACCUUUGCUUAUCGUAGUCGUCUUCGAAACCAUACAAGAACUCAUACUGGAGAGAAGCCCUAUGAAUGUAACCAAUGUGGUAAAGCCUUUUCAUGGCACAACACUCUGCAAAUCCAUAAAAGAACACAUACUGGAGAGAAGCCCUAUACAUGUAACCAAUGUGGCAAAGCCUUUUUCAUGGUACAACAUCUGCAAAUCCAUAAAAGAACACAUACUGGAGAGAAGCCCUAUGAGUGUAACCAAUGUGGUAAAGCCUUUGCUUGUCAUAGCAAUCUUCGAAGCCAUACAAGAACUCAUACUGGAGAGAAGCCCUAUGAAUGUAACCAAUGUGGUAAAGUCUUUUCAUGGUACAACACUCUGCAAAUCCAUAAAAUAAAACAUACGGGAGAGAAGCCCUAUAAAUGUAACCAAUGUGAUAAAGCCUUUACUUAUCGUAGCUAUCUUCAAAACCAUACAAGAAUUCAUACUGGAGAGAAGCCCUAUAAAUGUAACCAUUGUGGUAAAGUCUUUAAAUGGUGCAGCACUCUGCAAAGCCAUAAAAGAACACAUAUUGGAGAGAAGCCCUAUGAGUGUAACCAAUGUGGUAAAGCCUUUGCUUGUCAUAAAUAUCUUCAAAACCAUACAAGAACUCAUACUGGAGAGAAGCCCUAUGAAUGUAACCAAUGUGGUAAAGCCUUUGUUCAUCACAGCCAUCUUCAAAGCCAUAAAAGAACACAUACUGGAGAGAAGCCCUAUGAAUGUAACCAAUGUGGUAAAGCCUUUGCUCAUCACAGCCAUCUUCAAAGUCAUCAAAGAACACAUACUGGAGAGAAGCCCUAUGAAUGUAACCAUUGUGGUAAAGUCUUUACAUGGCACAGCACUCUGCAAAGACAUAAAAGAACACAUCUUCAAAGCCAUAAAAGAACACAUACUGGAGAGAAGCCCUAGGAAUGUAACCAAGCACUCUGCCUGUAAGCAACAUGGCAUAGCCUUUGCACAAAACAGAAAUCUUCAAUGGCAUAAAACCAUCACAUACACCAAGAAUUUCUGUGAAUGCAAACGACAUGAUAAAGCUUUUGCAUUUCUGAAAAGCCAUAAAAGAACUCAUACUGGAGAGAAGCGGAGUGCAUUUACCUAAUGUGGCAAAACCUGUGCACGCAAAAGAAUUCUUGAAAGGCAUAAAAAAAAAAAAAUCACAUACUGCUGAGAAUUUUUGUGAAUGUAACUAAUGUAAUAAACCCUUUACAGAUUACAGUGAUCUUCAAAGGCAUAAAAGAACAUUCUACAGAGAAGCCCAAUUAACUUAACCUAUAUUGUAAAUAUUUUUCCUUUCACAGUCAGCAUCAAAGUCAUAAAAGAACACAUACUAGAGAAAAACCCUUGGUAAAUCUUUUGAACAGAAUAGUGAGUUUAGAGUCAAAAGAACAGAUUCUAUACUAUAAAGAACUCUUUUGAAUAUAAUUAAUAUGGUGAAGCCUAUGUAUGUUAACGGCCAUUCGCAACGUCAUAAAAUAUAACAUGAUGUACAGAAGUCCUAUGAAUGUAAGGGAUCUGGUAAAGCCAUUGUACACAACUGUGAUCUUCAAAGGCAUAAAUGAAUACAUCCUAGAGAGAAGCCCUUUAAAUAUAAUCAAUGCUGUAAAGCAUUUGCUCAUUAUGGUGGUCUUCAAAAAAAUUCCAAAUGACAACAUGCAGUGAGCCCCUAUGCAUAUAUCAACUUGAUAAAGCCUUUGCAUAUCAGAGUCAACUUCUAAUGCAUGAAAGGAUUCAUAUAGGAGAGACACAGUGAGUUUCUGUGUCUGACUCUUUUGCCUGAACUUGCAGUGCUUUUCCAACUAGUUAAUUACCUUCCCUAGCUUUGAUAGGAUUUAUGCCUAUUCUUAUUUUCACAUGUGAUGUGGUGUUCAGUUGCUAUCCCCGGGAUCCUGCUCCUUUUCUUUUUUUUUAAUCAAAAUGGCAGAGUUGUGGAUCUGGGUAUGAUUGUAGGUUGGGAGAGUCAUAGAAAAGUGUUCAGAGGGUGACCCAACCCAGGAACAAAACCUUUAGCCUAUAAUCUUUCCUACUUGAAAGAUGUGCUGGUGUGAUGGUAACACAGAAGUUGUUGCAUUGCCAAUAAUUGACUGGUUUACUUUGAAACCCAUGACAGAAGAAGGAGCCUGUAACUGACAUGUCUCACUGUUAAAAUUUGGGGACUUAUCCAGCUGCAGGAACAGUGCUUAGAAGAGCCAAGAUUUUAUUACAUGUAUUAGCAGCCAGUUUCUGCUUCUGAUGUGUUAAAUAAGUUAGCCAUUUUCCAGAGCUUAUUCGAGAUUUCACAAUCUAGAAAUAAAUGAUCAAGUGUUUGUAAAUUAUUUCAUUCUACUUCAUGAUAUGUAACUUAUCCUGCCCUACAUUUUUUUCCUCUGUACUUGGUUAAAUGAUUUCUGUGCUUUUAAUGACAAUGCUGGACUCCUUUGGAAAAUCAUCAGAGUAGGAUACUAUAUAGUAAGAAACAAAUUUAUAACUGAUAUUACCUCCUGAUAUUCUAUUCCUCAGCUCUUUUGUCUGAACUUAUUUCUUUCUUUGUGUUUUGUUUCUAUUAGUAUUUUGCUUGAUAUAAAUCUGUGCACUGCAUGACAGGAGUUACAGAUCAACUAGAAAUUCUGUUGCAGAAUGGCAUGAGCCACCAUAUAAGUACUAGAACUGAGGUAGUGUCCUCCAGAGAAGCAGUCGUUAUGGAUAAUCUCUGAGCUACCAGUCCACAAUAAUAAAACAUACAGUGAAUACUAGAAUUCCCUUGAAAUAAUAUAGUAUGUCUGCCCCGUCCCGCAGGGCAGUCAACCAGGGUCUGGGGUCAACUUAGGAGAGAAUGGAGGACAAGAAAUCCCAAGAAUGGACAGCAAGUCAAGAGGUCUGAUCAAGCUGACAAUUUUUAAUUUUUCUCAGGCAGAAGAUAUACUGGUAGAAGCAAAAUGUAGGUAGGGGUUAACCACAAAGGAUUGGGCCUGGCUCGAUGACCAAGAUAUUGGCUGGGUAAAUUGGCCAGUGGGGGAAACAGUAGGGUGGGUUGCUUAGUGAUCCUGACCACUAGUGUCAAGCAACCUGACCACAGUGCUAAGCAACCUGACAACCAGAUUCAUUCUAUCUAUUGAGUUCAAGCAGAACUGCAGGUGCUGUCUUAGGUAUGGCUCCUUUGAUCUAACAUAAGGCUAAAAUACAAUUGCUUUUUAACAUGAAGGCUGCUACCACCAUCUUAUGGCUGCUCCCAACUUUUGUCAAUAUGUUUAAAUGCAUGUGACAAAAUUGCCUAGAUUCACAUUGUACUAUGUGCCUCCCAAAGUUGUCGAUUUUGUGAUGAAUACUGGGUAAAUGAGUACUAUCAACCUCCAUAGGUGGUGGGAUUAUGAGAUGGUACAACCACUCUGGAAAAAAGUCUGAAGAUUCCUCAGAAAUGUUGGACAUAGGAAUACCUGAGGACCCAGCUAUACCAC